AUGUCAACUCCCUCAUUAUUGUCACCCUUGACUGGCUUUGGACAUUUGGUUCGCCUCCGUGACCCUCUGCUGCUUGUUCCACUGUCCAGAGCUGGCCAAGCGCUUGUUCCUUGCAAGACUCAAAAACUUGGUCCUGUGAUGCGGCCAAAAAGCCUACCACCUUUUGCUGUAACACGACAAUUUACCGGCACUCUCCAUAUCGCACAGCUAAUCUGUUCCCCUCCUCAGGUGCAUCAGGGCUCUCCGACGAGUUUGCCGAAAAGCAUUCUGAGUACUGGCGACCUGGCCUCAAAAACGCUCCAAGGGCACGGUCGUCGAGUGAAAUAUGACGAACAGAAACAACUGCGCCGUACGGAAGUACAUAGCACUAUUGGCCACAACCUAAAAAUGAACGCACUAUUACAGAUGGAUCUGGACUAG